GGACGGUAGAAAAAGCACUGUGCAUAAUUCUGGACGGCCAAGUGCCUCGUUGAAUCUGCCCCUUGAAUCGAGUAACUAUUCUACUUAAGAAGUCAUUGAAUGGCAACAUUACUUAGUUUGUAAUUAUCACAUCAAGAUGGAAUAACUUUGUGCUCACUGUCGCAAUCACGCGUCUCGGUGAGAUGUGGGUGGUGGAGUGAUGGGGGCCAACAUGGGAAAGAGCAGCCUGUUGCUGGACGCCCUCCCGGGCGCCGGGGUCGGGACCAUGCACAUCGCCAUGCUCGGCCUGGACAGCGCCGGCAAGACGACCGCCCUCUACCGGCUCAAGUUCGACCAGUACCUCAACACCGUCCCCACCAUCGGCUUCAACUGCGAGAAGGUCAAAGGCACCCUCGGCCGCGCCAAGGGCGUCACCUUCCUCGUCUGGGACGUCGGUGGACAAGAAAAGCUCCGGCCGCUCUGGAAGUCCUACACCCGCUGCACGGACGGCAUCGUCUUCGUCCUCGAUUCCGUCGACACGGAGCGCAUGGAGGAGGCCAAGAUGGAGCUCCUCCGGACGGCCAAGUCCCCCGAGAACUCCGGCGUCCCUAUCCUCAUCCUAGCCAACAAACAGGACCUGCCCAACGCCAGGGAGCCUAAAGACAUAGAGAAGCUGUUAGGGUUGCACGAGUUGUGCAGCGGCUCGAGUUUGUACCACGUCCAGCCGGCCUGCGCCAUCACCGGCGAUGGACUCCACGAGGGCUUGGAGGCGCUCUACGAGCUCAUCAUCAAGAGGAGGAAACUAGUCAAACAAUGCAAGAAGAAGCUCACCAGAUAGGUUUUCGUUUCCGUUUCUUUUGAAACAUGAUAAGCCCGUGACUGAGGCUGGCCGAGAUUGCCGUGCAAUUGACGUUCUGACGUGACGUGGACGUCUGAUCUUAGUCGAAACUCUCAUACUAUUGGGAAUUGAUGUAUUCGGCCUAAAAUAAGAUCAAUCCUCAGGUGUGAUGCCCUGCAGCAGCUACAGGUCAGCAACGUUACCUCGAGGCGCUUUUCUUUGGUAUCAAAGAUUAGGCGCUCCUCGAAGGAGGCCAUUGACUGUUCUAAUUUUUGAGCAGUUAAAGUUGAUGAUGCACCGCGCGCUCAUGGCGAAUUUUUGAAGCAAAUUUUGCGAAAAGUACCUAUUUAUUCUAAGGAGAGGGUUUUUUUUACUUCUUUCAAUUCUAAAAGUAUGCUCUAGCGUGUGCCCAUUACUUACGAAUUUCGACUCACCGAGAAAUUUUACUGUUAACCACGCAAGGUGCGUGUCUCUCUUCUUUUUUCCAACAGGAAAAUGACCAAAUUUUCAUACAUUUUUUUUUGCUCUUAACAAAUCUCCGAAUGGAAAAAAUGUUCUCUCGAAAAAUCGUCUUUUUGUACCCCCUCCUUAUUUCUAAGUCAAUCGGCAGAUUAGCUCUUGGGUGGAGAACAAGCAGUGGCGUGGCGUGAAUUGCGAUGUAUCGAAUGUUAUUCCAUUUAAACCUAUGGUAAAGAAUCGAUUAUUAAGGUGUUCGCUGCGAACACCCUGUUUAUCGAUACUUUUCCAUAGGUUUAAAUGGCAUAACAAUCGAUAUAUCGCAAAGCACGCCACGCCACUGGGAACAAGACUAUGUUUCCCUUAUUUUCUACCUUUCAAGAAAUUGAACAUAGUAUGUGAGUCUCAAACUGUAUGUGGGUAUGUUAUUUAAACACUCGGUGCCACUUUAAUGGCUGUUUUCUAUUAUUUUAUGUUAUUGAAUCUUCGCUAUCUAUUCUCAUUUUGUACGUUUGGUCUACUCUAAGAGCCCACGUUGUGAAAAUAUUGUUCUGUUGCUUUUUGCGAUUUGUACCGCACAUCGAAGUGGCACCGUAGGAAUGGCAUGGGUUGCGUAUAACUUUAUUACUUACCCUUCUUCAUUACAUAGAGUUUGGAGGAAAAAUGAGUAUACCAUAGCACUACUCAGGAAAAUGCAGUACCUAAGACUGCGCGUUGAGAUUUUUAUCAGGAGAUAAUCGUUCCUUUUCGCAUUUCACGUUUUUCAAUUCAUUAAUAAACGUCACCUAAAGGUGGGAACCAGCCAAAUGUUGUAUAAAAGUUGCAAACAGUACAUUGAUUAUUCUAACGUUCGAAUUCUAUCCGAUAUAAUUGAAGCCCAUUAACAAUUUUAUGAGACAUUUUCGAUCGUCAACGAUCAUGUCUGUUGUUCCGAUAGGAAUGAAUAAUUUUUGUGAUGUACCUUCAGUCGUGAUUUCAUUUGCACCUUUAUGUUUCUUUCUUCUCUUCUUUUUUCACAAUCGCUUAGUUGUAAGCCCUUCUAACAGACAUCUGCAAUGUAACCCGCAGGUUCAAUACAUUAUUUUGUUAAAGAGUAUAUAUAGUUAUUCCAAAACCAUGUUUGAAGUUGACGACGUGAGCACUCAGAGCUCCUUAUAGGAAUUAUGAGUGAAAUGUACUUCUUAUAACCGAAACAGUCGAUUAGAAAGUAGAUUCUCUUUUUGAAAGAAGAGAACUGUGAUAUAACUCUUUUUUACAUGUAUCUUUUUGUACUCUGUCUAUUCUGAAAUUAAACCUGCUUUCUCUUUGAUGUUUAGCUCAGUUGUUCCGGAAAAGCGUUCCGGCCUUUGCUGUGGAUCUGUAAGCACGGACUGAAUAGAUAUACUGUCCAUAAUCUGGGCUCAGUACCCGCAAAGCUGCAGUUCCUUAAUCCGGAACUUGCGGCUCGUGAACCAUCAGCUUCGGUCACAAUAACCGAAAUAGGGACGGUACGUCCGUAGUCCGUUAUUUUCACAGAUCUAAAAGUAGGAGUAUUUUACGAUGGAGCAGCUAUGUUUACUGCUUUCUUCAUAUUUUUGUGUGGAUAUAAUUCAAACCGCAUAAAUCCUUCCAGGGUUUUCACAUUUUGAACUUAAAGUCUCCUGUUUUAAUGCUUCAAUUAAAUUCAGAUUCAACAUUCAAACUUUUGAGAGAGCUCGACCAACUACUGAUUCCUAACUAGUUAACUACGAAAAAGUAUCCGGCUACCUUUUAAUUUUCAGAAAAGAUCAUGAGAUGUUAUCGGACGAAUUUUGAAUGCUCGCAAAGUAGCUUGCUUCUUUGAAGAAAACUACUAAUAAUUGCAACACACAUUCCUCAUUUUUUUAAUCGCUAAAAGUUCUCUACUUUUUCUCAUGGUGUCGCAAAAAUUCGCUAAAUUUUUUUCAAAAGACAAAAUAUUUUCCCUCCUGAUGCGAGUAUCCGCCCUGUGACCAGUUUACCAAUAGUAAUUCAGUUAGUGCAUUUUGUAAGUGUUUGUAUUCGAAACAAGAUUUAAACAUAGCUGUCUCUCGUUGACUGUUCACUUUCUUUGGAAACAUGAGCAUUGUUUGCUUCUCAACCGCCUCUUUCUUGUCAUGGAUGACGAAGAUUCUUGGCUCUUGAGGCAUCGAUCCGUGCAUUCCGACGCGUUCGUCAUUUCUAAUUAUUCAAAUUCCUCAGACCCCUACUCUUUCCCGCCUAAAACUUCAAAGGCAAGUGCUUAAAAUAAUCCCGGUUAACCUUCAUCUCACGUGCUCGUUAACAGUUUUUGCUUUGUGCUCUUUCGACGUUUAAUCUGUGCUAGCAACCUCAAAAUUUACCAAUCUAGGCUUGAUGGACGAAUAGACCAGGUCUGAACUAAAUGAAAGAGCCACGUGUUUUCUCCUCAAAAUCUUACUCGGGAAACUAUUCAAACAACGGGAAGUUCGUGAAUCACCUCCUAAACGAGAUAUCAAUGAGUAUUUUUAACGCAGAUUAAAUGAAAGUUGAAUCAUACAAAUGACGUUAUUUGUAUUCUUGUCAUUAACUCUUGUUAAUUGUUAAAACUAACAUCUUGUUUAGGAAUUGCCCUCCAGACGUCCCGCUGUGUGAUUCGUUUUCCUCGUGAAAUUUUGAAGAGGAAUCCUGCUACGUUGUUCUCAUAUCUUGUCUAGUGGCCCAGUGUUUUAAAAAUUCGCCUUGUAUUUUUUUAAUUUAUGAAAUACCACUUUCACGAAGUCAAUGUCGGUCAAGUGUACAGAAGCAUUUUAUGUACUUUCGAGAGAAGUUGGCUAGUGAAUUUGAGGAUACCCAAGAGAGAAAAAAAAUAAUCUAUGAGCCAUCUUUGGUCGGGAGCGGUUUUGAAACUUCAACUCUUUAAAAGGAGAAACUGUAACUGACUGGCUGAGAAGUAAGAAACUAAUGAUCACUUUUACACAUUCAGAAACAUAGAUCAUUGCAUCAGAUCAAUGUAAGCUAUGAAUAUUCUUCCUUUUCCGUAACAAUUGUGAAAGAAUAUUUUUGUGUGCCUAUAGCUCAGAGGAAUCUGCUUUACUCUGAGCUUUAAACCUUUUAAUGUUUUACUUUGUAGUGUUUUCCCCUUGUGUUUUAUCGCUGUAUUAAAAACAAAAAAAACUCAUAUCAAGCAGUGUACUUUCCAUCUCGAUAUUAAUUUUAAUUGAAAGUCGUUGAAAUUUUAGGUACUUUUUUCAAUAAAUUUGUGAAUAAUUAUUUUAUUUCUGCUCUAAAAGGUUAACAUGGUUUAUUUAACUGUGUCAUCCUUUCCUCCAUAAUGAGGAUUAUUUAGAUCUGUUAAACAAUUGCUUUUCUUUACGCUUUACUCUCUUCUAAGUGAGUUACCUUUCUUUUAUUUAUUUUGCGAAGAAAUUGUAUACGACCAAAAGGAUAAAAAGUGGACGCCAAUAGCUUUAAACAGAGUUUUUCUUUAUCAAUGCUUCGUCUAAAAUGAAUCUACUUAAGGAAAUAGGGCAUAUCAACUCUUUGAAAAUAAUCAGGUAAUCAAUUGCAAUACAUUGCAGAUCGAUGCCUCGUUGUAUCCGCUAUUUAUAACUAUUGAUUUCUCAUUAUUCUGAAUGCUGAGCUGACUUCUAAAUUCAGAUAUACCACAAAUCUAAUAAAUUCAAAAACUUACAUUUUGAAGGUUCGCACCUGCAAGUCUGUAAUUUUAAAAACACGAAUUUACACCAUCUCUUGUUGAUCUAUCGCCAGAAAGAAAAAAAUAAUUUUCACAGAGAACAAAUGUGUCUUAUUUUAAAUUUGAUUUUUCGCCUCAACUCUAUUUUUUUGUUUAUUGUUGGCUUUUGUGACUUUAAUUUUCCGUAAAUCGGUCAGGGACGCUUCCUCUCAGAAGAUGUGAUGAAUGUGAAAAGAUGAAAUUAUGGAUCGUAGUAAUCUUAUAUUAAAGAGGAUAAACCCCACUGUCCGCGUGAUAUUUAACAAAGGAAACUUUAAAGUCACUUAAGUUCAGUUUUGUAAUUACCAGGCAUUGCGGAAAAGUGUCAAUUAAAAUUAUCGAAAAUUUGGCACUCUUUCGUCCGGGUUUGCAAAAAAUGAUGGCUCAAGGUAAAUUUUUCCAUUACCCGAGCCACUUUAGUCUUUGUUUCUUUUCAUCGGCGUUUAUGUUUUAUUUCGUCUGAUUUUUUAUUUAUUUUUUAAAUACUUUGUUUAGGAAUGUAAAGAUGAAUCCUUGUUGCCAUUUUAUUGUUAGUUUUUUAUAGACUGACUAUAGAUAAUUUCGCGCGUAACCAAAUUGAAUUGUCAUUGAUGUGAACUUCUGUAUCUUUGUAAGCAAUGUAAAUACACUGUUGAUUUUUAUUUUUAUUUUAUUUUAUUUUGUGAACACUUCUUGUACAAAUAGUUUAAUUCAAGUAAAAUCUAUUACUUCAAAAUUUA